AGAGGACGCCAUCUUCAGCCAUGUAUAUAUCGUAGGUGGUGCGGUGUGAAUGUACGUGUGAUUUCGUUAUUUUCGAGUGAUAUCCCUUAAUUAUUUAUUUGCCGAAUUUCAGGGGGAUUCGCGAAACCUGCCCGUAUUCCCGUACCGCCGUGGUGAACGUGACGCGAACGUGACAGUAAUCGACGCCUCGUUCGAUGAUCGGGAAAUACGGGGUUUACGGACACUCGUUCUCUGAACUUCUUUCGCUUCGUAAUUUGUUUACAAAUCCCUCAUGCUGUCUUGCGUCUAGGCUGUAACCUUAAGAACUACGUUUUAGAGUACAGGAUUAUAGAUUACGUCGGAGAGUUGCUGCAAGUCGACGAGGAUUUCUGCGAUAGUGGGGAACUAGCCUUUGUCCGUUUUUAUAACCUGACAACGCGGACGAGGCUUCUCUGUUAUCAUGUCAUUGCGUCUUUGACAGAGUAUCAAGUGAUUUAGAAUUAUCUAUUCAGCGUUAAGAUGUGGUCGUCACAAGGGAGUAACUCCACUGGGAGUACCCCGCCAAACACAAUGCAGAAUUUACGUACUCUGGGAAUGACAUCUGCUAUUAGUAUAGCGGAACCAAAACCGAGCGAUCUUAACAGAACGAAUGAAUUGAAAGAUGCAUUGAAACCUUAUAAUGUUUUUGAAUCGGAGGAAGAAUUAAAUCACAGAAUGGAAAUUUUAAGUAAACUCAAUACUUUGGUUAAACAAUGGAUAAGAGACACUAGUAUUGCUAGGAACAUGCCACCAAAUGUAGCGGAGCAAGUCGGGGGGAAGAUUUAUACAUUCGGAUCGUAUAGAUUAGGUGUCCACCAUAAGGGAGCGGAUAUUGAUGCUCUGUGUGUCGUCCCACGUCACAUAUAUAGAUCAGACUAUUUCACGUCAUUCUUCGAACUACUGAAGUUGCAGCAAGAAGUAACAGAUUUAAGGGCAGUGGAAGAAGCCUUUGUACCUGUUAUAAAAAUGAAUUUCGAUGGAAUAGAAAUAGAUAUGCUGUUUGCAAAAUUGGCUCUUAAAGAAAUCCCUGACUCAAUGGAUCUCAAAGAUGACAUGCUUCUUAAAAAUUUGGACCAAAAAUGUGUACGGAGCCUUAAUGGUUGUCGAGUGACCGAUGAAAUAUUACGUUUAGUACCUAAUAUAGAAAAUUUUAGACUUGCAUUAAGAGCGAUAAAAUUAUGGGCAAAAAGACAUGGGAUUUAUAGCAAUGUAUUAGGUUACCUGGGUGGAGUUUCUUGGGCAAUGCUGGUAGCUCGAACUUGCCAACUGUACCCAAAUGCUGUUGCUGCGACUCUAAUAGAGAAAUUUUUCCUAGUGUUCUCCCAGUGGAAAUGGCCACAACCAGUUCUUCUUAAACAACCUGACACCGUCAACUUAGGUUUUCCUGUCUGGGAUCCACGAGUAAAUGUAUCAGACAGGUACCACUUGAUGCCAAUAAUUACACCUGCAUACCCGCAACAAAACUCUACAUUCAACGUUUCGGUAUCAACGAGAACAAUAAUGCAAGAGGCAUUUGAAACGGGUUUAUCAAUAACAGAAGAAAUUAUUAUGGGAAAAGCAACGUGGGACAAGUUAUUUGAGCCGCCAAACUUCUUUAGCAAAUACAAACACUAUAUAGUGUUGUUGGCGAGUAGUUUGACUGCCGAAGAUCAGCUUGAAUGGUGUGGUCUAGUCGAGUCAAAAAUACGACAUUUAAUAGGAACACUGGAAAGGAAUCCUUACAUUACAUUGGCACAUGUCAAUCCUGAUUCAUUUCCUCCGUUGAUCCCGGAAUCUGGAAGACAUUGUUCGAUGUGGUUCAUCGGAUUGUUAUUUGCAAAAAGCGAAAAUCUGAAUGUCGAUCUCACAUUCGACAUCAAAUCCUUCGUCGAUACGAUCGAAAGGCAAGCCGAACAAAUAAGUAUGUUAAAAGAAGGCAUGUGGAUAGAAGCUAAACAUGUUAAGAGAAAGGAUUUAAGCGCCUACGUGAUACCAAGCCUUUUACGAAGGGAACGGAAGGUAUCUGGGGGUACACAUAAGAAUGGAAAUGUUGGAGGAAACGGAAAUGGGACUGGAGGUGGAGUGUCUCCAAAGUCUCAAAACGAUAUACCCAAUCGGAAACGACUAUCCGAUCAAAUUGAUGCAAACGGUAAAAAGAGACGCGUCACCGACGGUGAACAACAGAUAACACAGGGAGAAGAUGGUUCCCUAGUCGUUCAAUCUUGUGGGGAGGAUAGCAACUCUGGAUUUAGUUUAGACGAGUACAAGCAGUUACCGACCAACUUACCAACGGCUAAAGACGUAAGAAAUCGGGAAGCACCGGCAAGCAAUGCUCCAGUAGUGCAGGAGGGAUUCGUAUGCACUUGACUAUUACGAGGUGUUACAUCGCGCCAAUCUACGGAUGCUCUUCUGGGUCGUCUAGAACGUAAGCACUCCUCACACCAUCAUCCACUGCCCAUUGUGUAAGUUCUUUGUUUCGUAAAAAGCAGAGCAACUCGUGCUGGUGUAAGCUGCUCAAUGGACUUAAUUAUGACUACUACACGUCUCUGUUAUCGACACGAUGAUAUUAGUAUAUUCGGCCAGAUCGUGAAUUAUUGAAGACCGCUUGUGCUAGAGGUUAUGCUUUACGAUUCUUUGCCAGUGUCUAUGGUUUGGGGCAGCUACGUAAGGGUCAUGGGCCUUGAAGGGUUCAGGUGGCCUUUGCGAUUGCAAAAUGGGUGCGCGAACUUUUGAAGGUUUAGUUUGUGUCUUAACUGCAGCGAACUUUUGCAAAUGACCUUCUUCGUGAGACCUAGGGAGGGAGGGAGACCUAGGGGAGUGAGACAGGAAGUAACGGUCAAAGCAAUUGCAAUUUUAAUAGGUUUCGGUAGGUGAGGGUCUUCGCGGAUGAAAAUGCAGGAAAGGAACGGAUCAAAAGACUGAAUGUAUACUAUAGUGUGUGUGUAUGUGUGUGCGUGUGCGUGUGUACGAUACGUGAGAACAGGAUAAGUUGUACCGUAGUUUCAAGAUAUAGGUCCUAUUACUGCUACAUUAAGUAUUACAAUACUUUCGAAACUAGCUCGAGAACGCGAAUAGCCUCAUUCUCUACCCCGAAUGCAAAUUAUUUUCCUGAAUAACUGACAAAAACAAGAAUAAAUAGUCCUAAGUUGUUGAAGCUUAAACGUUAAUUACACGAUAACGUUAAUUUAUAAGGUCUUUAAAGAAUAUUCGUCUGCCGAGAAGUAUAUACGUAUAUACCGACUUACCUUUGUUGACAAGUUUGGAAGUAGAAUUACUAACAGGUGUCAACGAAGCACAUCACUUGAAUGACCCGAUUAAUAGUACUUCUUUUUAACACCUUAUUGACGGGGACGACCGCGAUGGUUACUAACAUCAAACACGGGAAAUAUAUAAAGGAAGAGUAUCGUGAUCCGCGUUAUUUAUAACAGAUGACUUCAGUUUGUUUGGCAUAAUGGUGAGUCGAUAAGGUGUUAAGACUCAACCAUUUUCUCCGGAGAAACGCGGAGUUCCCUAUAGCAGUGUAGUAUUUAUUACGUCGAGUACAUGAGAAACCAUCGACACUGGCAAACAAGAUAAUAUGUUCCGUUUAUAGAUUACGUACACCGUAUACACAUGUAAACGUGAAAUAGAAGAUCUACAGAUGGAACAUACAAGCCUUGGCUGUUCCCUCAGCGGUCGUGGUGUACAAGUAAGUUUCGUAUAAAGUCGCCUUUUCGUUUCUCACACGUUCGGAUCAGGCUUUUACCUUGAAACAAUGUUACAACGUUGUUACGUGGAUUACUCGAAUAACUCUUGUCAUCUGUUAAUGGACUUCUCCAUAAAUCUGA